AUGCCAAAUUUCAUCUGCACUCAGAUUCCUGUUGAUAUGGAGUCUAUCUGUCCUCUAACCUACCAGAGGCAAGAACCUGGUUCUGGACAUUGGAGUGGACAUGUCAGUGAUGCCAAGGAGACCAUACUUCAUUUGCGGGAAGCCAUUGUGCAAGAGAAAGAGACUAUCCUUGACCAGCGUGAAACCAUAAGAGAGCUCACAGCUAAACUCAGUCUGUGUGAGAGCUUUAGACACUAUGACAGGGAACAUGAUCACAGAGGUGGAACUCACCCCAAGCAUGAGCGUGACCAUGACCAUGAUCUCAGAAAUGGACAUGGACAUGACCAUAGCCAUAACCAUGAACAUAGCCAUGAGCAUGGUCAUGAAUCUGAUCAUGAUGAGCAUGACCAUGACCAUGACCAUGAUCGCAGCCAUGGACAUGAAUCUGGUCAUGAUGAGCAUGACCAUGACCAUGAACACGGUCAUUUGGAGGAUCGGAAUGGACAUACCCCACACUACAGAGACAACGGAGCUAAACCUUCAGCAGCAGAAUACUCACUCCACCACAAAGAAACCAUUGGCAAACAUUCAGUAGCAGGAGACCAACGCUGGCAUACCCCAUAUCAUCAUUAUCAGACUCCAAGCAAGUACAUUAUGUCAGAUGAACAACGCAGGUAUGAGCCCCACCAUCAGGAACCUUCAAGCAAAUAUGUAGCAGCAGAAGAGAAAUACAGACAGUUUUCCAGCCAGCAGAAUUCUGGGCGCAGACACCUAAGUGCGGACUCACCAAUGUCCUCACCUAAUGACAUCUACCAGAUAACAGAGUCACUGCAACCUUUAAAGGAAAGGCUGGAAAGCCUAGAGAAUGCUCCAAACUCAUCUUUUGUUACAUCUUUUCGAGAGGCAUUGCAGAAGAGGAUCUUAGAACAGCAGAGCCAGCGAAAGGGGUUGCAGAAUGCCAACAGACAAGAUAUACAUGACUAUGAAACAGACUCUGAAGAAAUGGACAGUGUGCCCUUUAAUCAUACCAAUGCCAGUUAUAACAUGAGGAGUGAACAUCUUGAAGGCUAUGAUGGUCAGCAAGGGUACAAAGAAAAGAAUUUGAAGACCACUUUAGAUGAUCUACAAGAAGACAAUGGCCACGAACAUGAGGAGAAACACACAGAGACUUUUCAAGUUGGCUUUUCAUUGCGGACCAACUAUAUGUAUGCUAAGAUAAAGCAAAGUCUGCCACAUGAGGUGUUUGCUUUCACCAUCUGCAUGCAACUGAGAUCAAGCAGCUCUCCUGGUGUGGGCACCCCAUUUUCAUAUUCUGUUCCUGGACAAGCCAACGAGUUGGUGCUGAUGGAAUGGGGGAUGAAGCCUAUGGAACUUCUCAUCAAUGACAAGGCUGCCACACUUCCACUGUCUAUAAAUGAUGCCAAAUGGCAUCAUAUUUGUGUCACAUGGUCAACACGAGAUGGUACCUGGGAGGCUUACCAAGAUGGACUUAAGCGAGGCUCAGCAGAAAACCUUGCUGCCUGGCAUCCUGUCAAACCUGGAGGAAUGUUCAUCCUUGGCCAAGAACAGGAUGCCUUUGGAGGACGGUUUGAUGCCACCCAGGCCUUUGUGGGGGAAAUUGCAGACUUCAACAUGUGGGACAGAGUGCUUUCAGAGGGUGAAAUCUAUGACCUCAGCACCUGCUCUGGUCACAUGACUGGAAACUUGAUUGCUUGGACAGAGUCAGCAGUGGAGCUUUAUGGGGGUAUAAGCAGUCACCCCAUCAACAUAUGCCCCUGA